AUGACAGACCUACUCUGGGCCAUCCACCCAGAUGACAUUGGCAGGCUCAGGCAUGAGUACACCACUGGCAAGUUUCACACGAUGGUGCAAGAUCCCCAUCCCUCGUGGAAGGAGUGCCGGAACACAGCAUGGCUUACCGCUGAGAGGGUGAUAUGGUUCCCCAAUUUCUACUUCCCAAACAAGGAGGGCUACAUUGAUUCGGAUGCCUCUCCCAUGCUCGCGCCAGACCUCGACGUCCUCCGCGACGAAAGUAUCGCAUACGACGAACGGAUGAAGAAACUAGGCUUCCAAGGCGAGAUUAAAGGUAACUGGGGAAGCCUUCAAGAAGUGUUAGACAUGGAAAAAUGCCAAGCAAAGCAGAGAUGUCCUAUUUUGAUGUACCGAGAGAAAGUGUGUCCUAGAUAUGUUGAAUUGCAUCGUUUUGUUCUGGUCAUGGAUAACAUGAACACGCGGGUAAGAGCAGUGCCAGGCAACACUUGGCGUUUACCGACGUUCCUGCUCUCAUCCACGCAUCUACUGGCGUCCCAAGAUCAAACGAUCCUUGUUCGAUGGGAUAUGACGAACAACAUUGAACCAGACCUCGUUAAGCAUUAA